UGACAACUGAGAUGAAGAGAUCAAGCUAUUUCAUGCCAAUGGAGUUGGAGGUGCUACUGCAAGCUUCUGGGCAAUACGAGCAUAUAUUCCCUAUAAAUGUAACACUGCUGCUGCAGCGAAGGAGAGAGGAGAGAGAGCGAGAGACGGCAUGAUGGGAGAAAACUGCUGCCCGAGUCAACGCCUACGUUGAAAUACACGACUUCACUGACAGAACAUCUAACCACACUUAAGAUCGUAGCCUACAGGUAUAAAUAACACGGGAAUAAAAUCUGACUUCUGUUUAGGUGCAACCCAACGGGAAAAGUGAACCAAAGCAGCUGAAAAUGAAACAUAAAAACAUCCUUCCUGAAAGGCAGAUGAGUCACCGUGACUACAGAUAAUGGAUAUUGGCAAACUGAGUCAUAUAUGUUGGCCCCAACGGAUCAGUGAAUCAUCAUUCCAGACGGUAGAACUACACAUCAGCUAUGAAACAUUUAACAGGUGUUCCGCUAUGUGGAUCAGGCUGAGGAGGUAUUGAAAGGACUUGACCAGCAGCGACAGAACCCCCAGCUGUGUGAUGUGGUGCUGGUGGCCAGCGAGCAGCGGCUUCCUGCUCACCGCGCCCUGCUGGCCAUCACCAGCCCAUAUUUCCACUCGAUGUUUACUUUGGGCAUGACUGAGAAGCACCAAACUGAGGUGGAGCUAGUUGGGAUGUCCUACGUGGGUCUGAAGGCUGUGGUGGACUUCCUGUACAGCGGAGAGCUGCUACUGGAUGGAGGGAACAUUUACACCGUGCUUCAGGCGGCGCACCUGCUGCAGGUUUGGAGAGUAGUGGAUUUCUGCUGCCAGUACCUGGAGAAGGAGGUGAGUGAGGAGAACUACCUGGACCUACAGGAGCUGGCACUCACCUACAGUCUGGAACGGCUCGACGUCUUCAUCGACCGCUUCAUACUAAGACGCUUCGCCACACUUUCCUUCACGCCGGCUUUCCGCCACAACAUUCCUUUGGCCAAACUUAUCUCCUACCUCUCGAGUGACCAGGUCCAGCACGGCAGUGAGCAGCUCCUCCUCCAGGCCGCCCUGAAGUGGCUCAGCCACACUCUGGAGCGGCAGCAGUGUGCCACGCAGCUUCUCUCCUGCGUCCGCUUCCCUCUUGUACCGGCGGGAGAACUGGUAGACAGCGUGCUGCCGGCACUGCGGGCCGUGAUGUCAGAGCACGAACGCUACGAGGCCCUGCUGAAGGAAGCCCUAAAAUAUCAUGCCAGCCGAAGCGCACAGCCACUCCUUCAGACAGAGCGCACAGUGCUGAGGGGGGGAGUGGAGCGCCUACUGCUGGUGGGAGGAGAGAUAUCAGAGCACAGUGAGGAGCUGAGCGCCAGCGUCUGCUGGCUGGACAGUCAGUCUGGAAGCUGGGAGGUAGAAACCAAGCUGCCGGCCCAGAGGAGUCAUCUCUGUCUGGCAGUGCUGGGGGGAUUCAUCUACGCAGCUGGUGGAAGCUCAUCCAGAGACAGCGGUGGUGAUACCUGUAACCUGCUCUACAGAUACGACCCCCGCCACAGCUGCUGGACCACAGGUGCUGCAAUGAACCACCGGCGUGUGGCUUUUUACCUGGGCACGCUGGCAGACAGCCUGAUUGCUGUGGGGGGGAGAAAUAACACCACAGCCUUGUCCUCGGUGGAGGUGUACCACCCUGCUGAGGACUGUUGGACCGAUGCAGCUGCACUACCCAGGCUGACCUAUGGUCACGCUGGCACCGUCCAUCAUGGUGUGGUCUAUAUCUCCGGUGGUCAUGACACUCAGAUUGGCCCGUAUCGACAAGAUGUCCUGAGUUAUGAGCCAUCACAGGAUGCAUGGGUGGAGUGCCAGCCCAUGUCUGUGGCCCGAGGGUGGCACUGCAUGGCUUCCCUCAACCACCUCAUCUAUGCCAUCGGUGGAAGUGAUGACCAUGAAGACACCACCGAGCGUUUUGACAUCUUGGACGUUGAGUCCUUGGACCCACGCUAUGGCCAGUGGACACAGGUGGCACCACUGCUAUUGCCCAACAGUGAGGCAGGACUUGCAGUUUGGGGGAGUCAGAUCUAUGUGCUCGGUGGGUAUAGCUGGGAGAGAAUGGUGUUCUCUAGAGCCACCCAGGUUUACGACCCUGACCAGGACUCGUGGUCCAGAGGAUUUGACUUGCCAAAAUGCACAGCUGGAGCCUCUGCCUGUGUGUGCACUGUGAAGCACUCAUCAUUGUCCUCCUCUUCUGACAGGAAGAAGGUGGGCACAGGAUGAAACCAACCUGCCUCCACAGAUGGUCCUCCCCCCCUACAGAAGAGUCUGACUGAAGUAGUGCAGAUCCCAGAACAGAACAGAAUUUAAACGCUGUCAUGUCUGUAUCUGUACAACGUAAUGUGUAGGCCCAGAGUUUUCGCAUUUGAAAAAUGGAACUGUUUAGAAUCCCCCCCCCCCCCCCCCCCCCGAAAAAAUGGAUUUUAAAAAAUCCAAAAUGGCUGCCAUUUCACUUCUUUUAUACACUCAAAAAUAAAAAUAAAACAAAAAUAUAAACGCAA